CCUGAAUUGUGAAGGCGGCGUUGCGGGAACGAUUUAGUGAGUGCACAUCUUCUGCUAGGGCCGUUCUCGCUCGCCAGGGUGGGUGUGUGGGGGAGAUGGGUGAUGGACCCCCCCUUCUCCGGUAUCGUAUCGGUAUGUACCGUGACAUUCAACAGGGCGAACCGCACUCUCCACGGCGGACGGGGAAGCUCUGGUUCGCGCCACCAUGCGGGAGGACCCUACUGUGAGAUAGCCGCCGUUACUUCCUCCUCGUUGGCCGGUACGAAGCCAGUUGGUUCGACUCGGAGGGCGGAUAGACGCCUCCAGGGCCACCCCGCUCCGGCAUAUCUCGAUCGCGCACUGCUGCUGCUGGCCAUUUGUAGACGUGGCUCGCGCUGGCAUGUGUGUCGCUCGCCCGUCUCUACACUGGGCAGCUGGAACAUGUCGCGUGUGCGUGCGCGUGUCGCGUUACGGUACCCCGGAGUUCUUGAGCUGUUGAUGCAUCACCGCUUUACCUGCCACCCGUUCGGCGAGCGAGCCGGGGGCGAAGCCGCCAAUUGCCGGGGGUGGCAUCGGCCUGCUAAAUUUGAACAGAGCUGGGCUGCGGAAAUCUGGGGCAUGGGGGGCAGAAGACAUGGGGUGCGAUGGGGCAUGCGAACGGGCACCGCGAUCCCAGUCGGGCUCUUUUGCUGUGUGUAUGGACCAAGGUUCGAGCGAUGGUGCAGCGGCCCGAAAAACAGACCAGGCGGAAUGGGUGGGCUGAGAAAGUCUGUUGAAAGCAACCGGGAUUUCCUUCGCGACUUGGGUUGAAACGCUGUGCCUGCGCGCAAGAGGAAUAGUGGGAAAAACGUCGAGGCUGUGUUACUCAAAAGUGGCAGAGAGGGCCGCGGCUGCCGGAAUAGAGAUGGAUGACACCACCGAGAAUGGAAGGAUCAAAUUUUCCGGGCAGCAACGCAGGAAAGAGCGCACGGAGAUACGGCUUUAGGACACUGACAGCAGUAUUUGCCCGAUCCUGACAAUCAUUG